AUAAUUUCCCAAGAAAAGAGGAGCACUUUCCUCGUUUCAUUCCUCUUUUUCCUGCAGCAAAAUUUUCUCGGGAAAAAAAAUUUCUCCGGAGCUGUGCAUUGUUUUGAUUGAAUGAUAACUCUCUUAUAGAAUUCAGACACAGAAAGAAAAGAAAAGAAAAGAAGAGAAAAAAAUGUUAUCAGAAUCAGACUGUCCAAACACGAAUUCUACUACAACAAGUGCGGUUACAGCAGCUACUGAUCCGAAUUCACCAUCCCCAGAUCUCAAUCCGAAGCCCCCUUCUUCCUCCGACGAUGACUUCUUCUCCUCGGCCUCUUUCGCAUCUUCAUCUUCUUCCGAUGACAACAACCAAACCCAGAUUCCACCAUCAUCCCCAACUCCUCCCCAAAUCCCCAUCUCUUAUCCCUCCGAUGGAAUCCUAACUCGUGAUUGGGUCAUGGACCUCAUCAUCGCCUUCGAUUGGGCUUCUCGAAAUCUUCCCCCUUCGGAGCUGCCCUCUGUGUUACCCGUACAAGUUUUUGAUACUCUUGUACUCUCUGCAUCUAAGAUCCUUCACAAGGAGCCCAAUUGUGUUAGUAUUGAGGGUUUUGGCCCUAAUUCUAGUGUUGUGGUUGUUGGGGAUGUUCAUGGGCAAUUGCAUGAUGUCAUUUUCUUGUUGAGGGAGGCGGGUUUUCCCGCCGAUGACCGGUUCUUUGUGUUCAAUGGUGAUUAUGUGGAUAGAGGAGCUUGGGGGCUUGAGACCUUUCUUCUCUUAUUGGCUUGGAAGGUUUUUAUGCCACAUAGGGUAUAUCUUCUUCGGGGAAAUCAUGAAUCAAAAUAUUGUACUUCAGUUUAUGGGUUUGAAAAAGAAGUCUUGGCAAAGUAUGGAGAUAGAGGAAAGCAUGUCUAUCGGAAAUGCUUGGGCUGUUUUGAAGGACUUCCUUUGGCUUCAAUUAUUGCUGAUCGUGUUUAUACUGCACAUGGAGGACUUUUCCGCAGUGUAACCACUACGCCUUUAAAAAGACCUAAAGGGAAGAAGAAUCGAAAAAUAAUUCUCAGCCCUGAAGCAAAUUCUCUAUCUCUUGGUUCUUUGGAGGAGUUAUCCAAAGCAAGGAGAUCUGUCCUUGAUCCUCCAUGGGAAGGUGCGAACUUGAUUCCUGGUGAUGUGCUAUGGUCAGACCCAUCAAUGAACCCUGGCCUUUCUCCAAAUGCAGAGAGAGGAAUUGGUCUUUUAUGGGGUCCUGACUGUACUGAAGCAUUCUUAAAGAAGUUCAAUUUAAAGUUAAUUAUCAGAUCACAUGAAGGUCCCGAUGCGAGGGAAAAGCGGUCUGGUCUAGGAGGAAUGGAUGAAGGGUACACAAUAGAUCAUGUUGUAGAGUCUGGGAAAUUGAUUACUCUUUUCAGUGCUCCUGACUAUCCGCAGUUCCAGGCAACAGAAGAGAGGUACAAGAAUAAAGGAGCAUACAUUGUUCUGGAACCCCCUUAUUUUGAUUCUCCAGUUUUCCAUAGUUUCAAAGCGAUUACCCCAAGACCAAAGGUAAAUCCCUAUUAUGACUAUGAGGAUGUCAUUGACUCUGAUGAAGAAUUGGACUUGGCAUCAAUGGUGCAAUCCUCUUGAAAGAGUUUUGUAACAUCACUUGUUAUUGAAUAUGAAAUUUGUAUUAUUUAAAAAUUUUGUACAUUUACUUGGUCUCUUUUUUUUUUGUUGUGUUAAUUUUAUUGCUACAAAGAGGUUUUACAACCACCCUCUCCAACCAAAGAUUGUUACCCUCUUCAACUGUAGAAUAUUGUAUUAAGCUUUCACAAUGAGUUGAGUAUACUGAAGUAGUUAAAGCUGUUUUUGUUAUAUAUGCCUAAAAUAUUUGCAUCUGUUGU